AUGGGACAGGAAAAAGGAGAGAUACCCAAACAAAGCUUGAGCGGGUGCAGAAACCAUGCUAGCGAGGUCUGGGAAUAAAAUCACUGAAUUUACCCCCUACAGUCUACGGUUCCUCCGAUCCCUACGUAAUUAGCUAAGCCAGCUAACUAAUUGUAUUAGAAAAGAAAAAAAUAUACAUCGACUGCAUAGAGUGUUAUGAAAAACUAAUUCACCAACUGCCCUUGUGGCAGGAUAACAGUGAGAAGGCACUUGCACACUGGCUAGUUUGUGACUAUUAAAUAUUAUUAAACUGCAUAACCCCACUGUCAGUGAUCGCCAGUACUCGACCGAGAUUACAGUACGCGGAGUUGAGUUCGUUGGGUUUGAAUUAGGGUCAAUAAGUAUAGUCGGCUAUGGCAGCUGAGAAAGCAUCAGCGAGCUGUAAGAAGAAGGGUGAAAAGAAGUUUGCGGCCAAAGAAGAAUACAGGCUGCUGUCGAGUAUAAUGGGGGCCAUGAACAAUUUGCGGAAACAGAGCACUCUGUGUGAUGUCAGUCUGGUGGUCCAGGGGAGGCAUAUUCCCGCUCACAGAGUGGCUCUCGCUGCUGCUAGCCACUACUUCUACCUGAUGUUCACCACCAAUAUGAUGGAGUCAACGUCCCAUGAGGUGGAACUGAAGUACGCUGAGCCUGAAAUCAUUGAGCUGCUUGUGGAGUUCAUCUAUACGGCCCAAAUUACUGUCAACAGCAAUAAUGUUCAGUCCUUACUGGAUGCUGCUAAUCAAUAUCAGAUUGAACCGGUGAAAAAAAUGUGUGUGGAUUUCCUUAAGGAGCAAGUGGAUGCAGCUAAUUGUCUAGGGAUCAGUGUGCUGGCAGAGUGCCUAGACUGUCCAGAGUUGAAGAGGAUUGCCGAUGACUUCAUCCACCAGCAUUUCACCGAGGUGUACAAGAUGGACGAGUUCCUCCAGUUGGACGUGAAGAGGGUCACUCACCUGUUGAACCAGGACACGCUCACUGUGCGGGCCGAGGACCAGAUCUACGACGCUGCCGUCCGGUGGCUGAGGUAUGACGAGCCGAACAGGCAGCAGUACAUUGUGGACAUUCUGGCCAAAGUCCGCUUCCCUCUCGUGUCCAAGAACUUCCUGAGCAAGACGGUUCAAGCGGAGCCGCUGAUCCAGGACAACCCAGAAUGUCUGAAGAUGGUGAUCAGUGGGAUGCGCUACCACCUCCUGUCUCCAGAGGACCGCGAGGAGCUGGGGGAGAGCAGCCGACCACGCCGCAAAAAACACGACUUCCGCAUCGCGCUGUUCGGCGGCUCACAGCCGCAGUCCUGCCGCUACUUCAACCCCAAGGACUACAGCUGGACGGACAUCCGCUGUCCGUUUGAGAAGAGGAGGGACGCGGCGGCAGUCUUCUGGGACAACGUGGUGUACAUCCUGGGGGGGUCGCAGCUCUUCCCCAUCAAGCGCAUGGACUGCUACAAUGUGGUGAAGGACAGCUGGUACUCCAAACUCGGCCCCCCCAACCCACGCGACAGUUUGGCGGCCUGCGCCUCUAAAGGGAAGAUCUACACGUCUGGGGGGUCAGAAGUGGGUAACUCCCCGCUCAGCCUGUUUGAGUGCUAUGACACGCGCACAGAGAGCUGGCAGGACAAGCCCAGCAUGCUGAUGCCCCGCUGUAGCCACGGCAUCGUGGAGGCCGACGGCCUGGUCUACGUGUGCGGCGGCAGCCUGGGCAACAACGUCUCUGGCAGGGUCCUCAACAACUGCGAGGUGUACGACCCCAGCACCGAGCAGUGGAGGGAGCUGUGUGGUAUGAGGGAGGCCAGGAAGAACCACGGCCUCGUGUUUGUCAACCAAAGAAUCUACGCGGUCGGCGGGCAGAAUGGAAUGGGGGGUCUGGACUCGGUGGAGUUCUACGACGUCGGCGGGAACGAGUGGCGGCCGGCGGCGCCGAUGCCGUGGAAGGGCGUGACGGUGAAGUGCGCGGCGGUGGGCUCGGUCAUCUACGUGCUGGCGGGCUUCCAGGGCGUGGGCCGGCUGGGCCACAUCCUGGAGUACCACACCGACGCGGACAAGUGGGUCUCCUGCAGCAAGGCGCGCGCCUUCCCCGUCACCAGCUGCCUCAUCUGCGUGGUGGACACCUGCGGGGCCAACGAGCAGGAGGCGUCUUCCUCCUCGUCCUCCUCCUCCUCAUCCUCGGUGUAGCCGCUCCCCGCCAUAGAACCCGGCGGGGCUUUUUUUUUUGGGGGGGGGGGUGGGUUUAACUGUGAGCAUCUGGGGGCUGCUGGGUAACAGGCUGUCUAUUCUGGAUAGGAAGAAGACAAGGGUUUUUUUUUAAAUGGCAGAUACUGGUACGAUCAUGGAGAACUGCGGUGUAAGUUCUGUUCCCUUCAGCAGCGGGUCCGUUAUGCUGAAACCUUUGCUGUGCUUCAUUUUACAUGAAUGUCUUUUAUAUGUAAAUAUUGAAUAAAACCGAAGCUCAUC